CAACCACUGAUCAGAUCAGAUCUGAUCGCCUAAAUGCAGGUACAUAUAAGGCAGUCGACUUGAACAUUUGGUCAACUUGCAUCAAUCAACAUCACCCCUCCUCACACUCCUCCCCAGAAUCAGUUCGCAAAUAGUAGAUCUUUAGGCAUGACUCGUUUAAUCUUGGCUAUGCUCCCUGACGAGGAGUGGCUCAAGAAACGUGCGGAGACGAAACAACUAGGAACCUUUGAAGAUGCCUGGGCUGAAACCCGGUCCUUGGCCUAUGCCGUGCAAGAUGUAAUAGAAGAAGCUCUCCUCAGCGGUAUCGCGGAGUUCGUUGUCGUACUAUAUAAGGGCGAGCCAAGAAUCGGUGUAGGGUUGGCCAGUAACAAGCUCAAGGAUAGGUGGCCGGAGUUCCUUGAAGAAGAUGUUGUUCGUCUAAAGAAGAUUAUUGGAACGGACGAAGAACCUAAGUGGUAUCCUGAUUUUGAUUGAAGACUCAUUGGUUGGCCUUCUUGACAUUGACAUAAACCAACUAUGCAUUGACAGUGCUGUUUUCUCUCUCCGUCUCCGUUUACUUUCUGGCCGUUGCAAGGCUAUAGCCAUGCUCCGUAAUAUUUAUUGACUAUCGGCUUGUAUACAUCCUACAGUAUGUAGUCCCGCGAGCUCCUCGCAAGGGUCGUCUUUUCUGUUGUACUUUACGGACUAUUAGACCAUUUGUUGAGUGGUUGAAUUUCCAAGCGAGCGUCAAGUUCUCGCGUCUCUGUAUUACAACAUGUUUUGUCACGUGUGAAGAACAAAGAACGGCUGAGCAAUCAGUACAUC